CCUUUCGCACAAUGGGAAUUUGGAUUUUUCAAAACAUUCGUUUAUCGAACCCAAUUUGUAUAGACAGUAGAUUCGUUCAAGGAAAACAGAACUCAAUGAGGGGUAUUCUCGUAGUUUUUUUAUGUUUUGCCUUCAUGGCAUCGGUACUUUCUAAGGAUAUCCCAAAGUUUCGUCUAGAAAACAAUGCCAUUCCAAGGUCGUAUGACAUAAGAAUAAAACCGAAUAUGAAGAAUAAUAGUUUUUAUGGAGAAGUUAAAAUUUUUGUGGAAUUGCAACAUCUCCUUCAAAACAUAUCUCUCAACAUCAAGGAUAUAGUUGUCGACAGUUUAGUUCUUGACAACAGUGAGAACCAGACAAAAUACUUUAUCCAUAAAAAAAAUGAAAUGCUGCUCGUAUAUUACAACGAUCAUUCUCUUAUUGGCCCAGGAGAGCAUUUGAUUCAUGUGAAGUACAAAGGGACUAUGAGAUCAGACAGCAUUGGACUGUUCAAAAGUGUUAUAGAUUCUCAAGGAAAAAAAUUUGUAUCUGCUGCUACCAUGUUCUCAGCUCCUUAUGCCAGGAUGGUGUUUCCAUGUUUUGAUGAGCCUGCUUAUAAAGCGAGAUUCAAUGUUCGCUUGGUCAAACCGGAUGAAACAUUCACAGCUCUGUCGAACAUGGAGAAAAUUAAUUCUUUCGAAGUCAAAGAUGGCAUAGCUGUGGAUUUUCAGACAACACCUGAAAUUUCUCCCUAUAUAGUGUGCUUCGUAUUCACUCAAUACAAUUUCAAAUCUUCUGAAUACACCAGUAUGGAUGGUAGAGUGAUACCACUGAGGUUUUUCAUGUUGGAUGAGUACUUAGACCAAGCACCAUUUCUACUCGAGGUUGCCAAGCAUGCUCUAGGGUUUUUCGAGAAUUAUACUAAUAUGACCUACCCAAUUUCCAAACUAGACUUUAUAGAGGUGAACCAAUUUAUUUUCGAAGGCAUGGAGAACAUAGGACUGGUGAUUUUGACCCAUAACUCGGUUUCUUUCAAUGCCUCGUCGAACAUUUCUAAGGUGAAGCAUCUCAGAAAUGCUGCUCAGUUGAUAGUGCACGAAAUAUCUCAUAUGUGGUUUGGGGAUAUAGUGACACCAUUGUGGUACAAUGAUUUGUGGUUGGCCGAGGGUUUUGCAGAGCUCAUGGAGAUCAAAGGGCUUCAUAAUCAGUAUCCCCUUUGGCAGUUGGAAGAUAUGGAAAGUGUUUUGCGACGUGAGGGCGUGUUUUAUUCCGACAAUACACCUAUAAUUAAUUUCCCAGUAAACAAUGGGGAAGUAGAAGAACAGUUUAGUGAUAUCACCUAUUCAAAAGGCAGCGCUGUACUCAGAAUGCUGGAGAUGGUAAUGGGGGAAAACAAAUUUAAAAUGGGUGUCAGGAAAUUCCUGAAGGACUUCUACAUGAGUUCUGCAACGACUGGAAGUUUCAUCAAUGUAAUGCAAUCCUUUUUACCUACAACCAACCUUAGGGGUUUCCUAGAAACAUGGUUAGACCAGGACAAAUUUCCUCUGCUGACAGUUUCAAAGGACAACGGUUACGUCUUACGUCAAAGAAGCUUUGCGAUAAGGUCGAAUAGUACUUCGAUUUUUGGGAAAAAAUGGACUAUUCCAGUCACUUUUAUAAGCAGUUGUAACAAAAGUGUUUCGUUGAAUUGGUUUGAUAGGGACGCCGAUAGUUUGAGAAUACCAAGUUGUGGCGAGAGUUGGAUAAAACUAAACCACAAAGCAAGGGGCCACUACCGCGUGCUCUACACCGAAGAACAAUACGACCAACUGCUGAACAAUUUUCAUGAUUUAGUAGAGGUGGACCAGGCGAAUUUGAUACUGGAAACUGCCCAGCUUGUAUCUGAAAAAUUGAUCCCAUGUGAGAUACCUUUGAAAUUCAUAGGAAAACUGAGGAAAAAGGAUGGGCUAUUACCUUCGAUUGCAUCCUUCAGAAUUAUCAGAGGAAUGAUGAAUGCCUUAGCCGUAAAUCGCUCUGUAUACGAUAAAAUCAGGAAAUAUUUCAUUGACACCUUCAAGGACCUGUAUGAAAAGCUUCAAUGGAGAGUUGAUAAAAUGGACACUCCUGUUGUGAGGUUGCUCCGCUCCAAAUUGAUUGAGAACCUGUGUUCGCCGGAAAUUGCGUACGAAAAAUGCCUCAGCGAUGCUGAAAAGGUGAAAAAAGAACAUGGAGAACUUCAUCAAGAUGUCUUUUUUGUUUGGAGAAAUUUGAUUCAGAAGAAGAAUGUUGUCGAUGAAAUCAAUCCAGUGAAGAAUUCAACCACCAAAAAUAACAUAUUUCUUGAUAAUGCUACUCAGUUAUUCGUCGAAAAAUGUAUGACUUGGGUGAAGUCCAAUCUUUAAUAUGUUCUCUUAUACGUAAUGUAUUUUUGUUACUUCGAAAUGUAUAAAUGAAUAAAGGGUUUUGCUUGUU